AUGGAAAAUCAGACAACAGUGUAUAUGUUGGUCCUCACUGGUUUGUCUGAUCUUCCGAGUCUUCAGCUUCCUCUGUUCCUGGUGUUUCUCCUCAUCUAUCUUAUAACUCUGACUGGGAACCUUCUCAUCCUUCUCCUGAUCUUCACUGAUUCCCAUCUUCACACCCCCAUGUACUUCUUCCUUGGAACCCUGGCAUGUCUGGAUAUGAGUUGCUCCUCAGUCACUGUCCCAAGAAUGCUCUAUGAUUUACUGAGAGAAAGAAGAAUAAUUUCUGUACCAGCUUGUAUAACUCAGUUCUACUUCUUUCUCUUUUUUGCUAUAUCAGAGAUGUCUGUACUGGCAGUGAUGUCCUAUGACAGAUACAUUGCUAUCUGCCGCCCUCUUCACUACAUGCAGAUAAUGAGCUGGAACAUUUGUGUUAAACUUGUUUCAAUCAUUUUGGUUUUUGGUGCAGGAUAUUCCUUGUUGCAUGUUGUAUUUUUAACUAAACUGACAUUUUGCAACCCCAAUGAUUUGCAAAGUUUCUUUUGUGACCUGCCCCAGUUGCUUCAAGUCUCCUGUAGUGACACAUUCAUCAAUGUAUUGCUUAUACUUCUUUUGGGGAUAUUGUUAGCCUCUGAGGAACCAGGAGCUCAAGUCAUCAAUAAAAAGAGCUUUGCAAAGACUGGAAAUCAAAAUGGGACAAAAAAAUUCCAGUAG